GUCGCAUGAAGUUGCUGUCGUCGGCCAUUAUAGUCGCGCUGUAUUGUAGAAAGAAGAUCUUUCGUGUUUCUCACGGAUUUUUGUCGUAAAAGUAAGUCGUAUUGUGCGCAUUAAUAUCAGAAAUAUCGAAUUAAGUAUCAGAGUUCAUCGCAAAGUACGUUAAAUACUGUCAAGGCAUAAUUUAAUCGUGCACUGCGUGUUAAAUAGGUGGUAAAUAAUUGAACAUUCUGGAACAAUACAACGCAAAUACAUUUUUGUCAUUAUUAUUUUCUCAUUUCAUGGGUUUUGUUUCUUUGCUGUAGAUAUUGCGUAUUUGUAUCAAAAAUAUUAAAUAACAUAUCACAAGUAGCUUAUAUUACAUGUAUUACAUACGCACGGUUGAUAUAAAAUCGUAAUCGCGGAUUUUACGUGUAUUGUAAGAGAAUAUCUCGUUAUGCGGCAAUUUAACCUUCACGAGGUCUAAAGUACGGUCACAUAUACAAUCAUUCUGUUAGUCGCCGCGUCGUUUUAGCAUCUGCGCAUAAUCAAGCUUUCCUGUUUUCGUGUUUUUAUGACGCGUCAUAAAUGGAUCGUAUAUGUGAACUAAUAUCAAAAGUUUUGGAUAUAUUAAUAUUUGGAACGUCGAAUCGAGUAUUGCGCGACUAUUCACGUUCUUGCGAUUUUUACUUGUCGAAAAUAAAUCGCGCGUACAUGCAAAUGUUAUUUUCAGUAUGUGGUUAUUAUUAUUCAUGAUGCUUCUCAUUAAUACAUGUAUUAAUAUCGGUCGUAUCGGAAGUGUGGAAUUAAGUGUCGCACGUACAUACAUCGGGAGUGUCGGUUUUCGUUUUCGAUUAUGAUCGUAAUACUUGUUAUUAAUGUGUAUAUUGUUGGACCGCGUCGCGAGUGUUAAUCCAAACUUUAAGAAGCCUUUGUCCUUUGAAAGCCGUUUCAAAUCAUUGAGCAGUACAUCACAGAACCAUUGAGAGAUCUUCGCAUCGUGUUAAGGAAAAUCGCGACUUAUUGCGGCCCAUCGACAGAGGAUGAGCAUCGAUCGAUCAUUCAAAGGCGAGAGGUGGCCAAGAGCGACAUUCGAACCACGACCCGUGCCUAUCAUUGGUCAUGCAUUAUAUACUUUAGGAUUAUCUCCUAAUAAUCUAGUUACUGAAUUAUUAAAAUACUGGCAGAAACUUGGGAUGGUAGGAGGUGUAUAUGUCGGUUCCAAAGUAUUCGCUUUUCUAGGAGAUCCAGAGGAUAUCGAAAUAAUUUUGAAGAGUUCUGUGCAUAUUGACAAAGCCAUGGAAUAUAAACUUUUCGAACCAUGGCUUGGAGAUGGUUUGCUAAUCACAAAAGGCGACAAAUGGCGCAGACAUAGAAAAAUAAUAGCACCUACAUUUCACAUAAAUAUUUUGAAAACGUUUGUACCCUUAUUUUAUGAGAACAGUUUAGCUCUCGUAAGACAGUUACGCGAUGAAAUUGGAAAGGAAUUUGAUUGCCAUGAUUAUUUAUCAGCUGUAACAGUUGACAUUUUGACGGAAACAGUAAUGGGAGUUAAAAAGGAAAAAGGAGAAAAGACUGGAUUUGAUUAUGCUUUAGCCGUAAUGAAAUUAUCUGAUAUCCUACACCGAAGACAUUACAAUAUGUUGUUGCGUUUUGAAUUUAUUUUCAAACACACAAAGUUAGCCAAACUGCAAAAGAAACUGAUUGAUCUUGUUCACGCAACGACAAAUCGUGUGAUUGCAAAAAAAACAGAGAACAUCGAAAAGAAACUUGUCGAACAGCAAGAAGAUAAGUCAACGGAUAAUUUGAAUACGGCUGAAAAUCCGAAAGAUGCUCAAAGUAAUGGCAGUAGUUAUACAAAAUUGCAUUAUGCAAGAGAUGAUCUCGAUGAUAUCGAUGAGAACGACGUAGGCGAGAAAAAGCGACUUGCUUUCCUAGAGAUGAUGAUAGAGAUGAAAAAAAACGGCGGGCAAAUGACCGAUGAGGAGAUCAGAGAAGAAGUAAACACUAUUAUGUUUGAGGGUCAUGAUACCGUAGCAGCUGGCUCGAGUUUCACACUUUGUAUAUUAGGAUGUCAUCCAGAUGUUCAGGCUCGCGUACACGAAGAAUUGGAUGAAAUUUUCGGCGAUAGCGACAGGCAAUGCACGUUUCAGGACACUUUGGAAAUGAAAUAUCUUGAAAGAGUUAUUUUAGAAAGUUUGAGGCUUUUCCCCCCAGUACCUGUAAUUGCCAGGUACCUUAACGAGGAUGUGCAAAUAGUUACAGGCAAUUAUAUUCUUCCAAAGAGUACCACAGUAUUAAUUUUUCCAUUCGGAGCACAUCGUGCUGAAAAAUAUUAUCCGAAUCCGUCAGUGUUUAAUCCAGACAACUUUCUACCGGAAAAUAUGCAGAAGAGGCAUAGUCACGCUUUUAUUCCUUUCAGCGCCGGACCAAGAUCAUGCGUAGGGCGGAAAUACGCCUUGUUAAAGCUGAAGGUUCUGUUAUCAACAAUACUGAGGCAUUACCGUAUCAUUUCCGAUUCAUUUGAAGAAACUCAAUUGCGAGGCGAUAUUAUUCUGAAAAGAGAUGACGGAUUCAAAAUCAAGAUUGAACCGCGCGAGUCAAUACCUUAUAAAGCUCAAUUUUUAUCUUUGCAAUGAUUAUGAUGGUCACAGUAACAGCAGUUUUGUCUGAAGAUGACUUAAAUAAAGAGUCAGACACGAUUCAAAUGAAGAGAAAGACGAAGGCGAGAAAGACGAUAAUGAGAAAGAUGAAAGCGAGGAAGAUAAUAGCGAG